AUGAGAGCCGCUUUCACCACCGCGUACGGCGGUCCCGACAAGAUCGAGUACUCCGAUUCUCUGCCCAAGGUGAAGCUUGGAGGUGACGACCACGUGCUCAUCCGAGUUGCCGACGCCUCCAUCAACCCCAUUGAUGGGCUGCGAAACCGAGGAAUGCUGCGUAUUCUCAUGUGUGACGACCAUCCCCACGUCUUUGGAUACGACGUCGGAGGCUUCGUCGAAGAGGUCGGCUCCAAGUGCACCAACCUCAAGGUUGGCGACCGAGUCUACGGCCGAAUUGGCGAGUCUCAGAGCGGCACCCUCGCCGGCUACGUUUCUGCCCAGGAGAGCGUCAUUGCCGUGGCUCCUACUAACCUGCCUCUGAGCGAGACUGCUGGUGUGCCUUUGGUUGGUCUCACUGCCUACCAGGCUCUGAGAGCGGGCGAUGUGCAGCCUGGACAGCGAGUCUUCAUCUCCAAGGGCGCUGGAGGAGUUGGAACCAUCGCUAUCCAGCUCGCCAAGCACGUCUUUGGAGCUUAUGUCAUUACUACUGGUUCGGACCACAAGGCCGAGCUUCUCAAAGAGCUUGGAGCUGACGAGGUCAUCAACUACCGAAAGGAAAAGUUCCAGGACGUGAUCAAGGAGCCAGUCGACUUUGCCUUUGACGUUUCCGACGAGCCUGCCGCACAUGCAAAGAUCACCAAGAAGAACGGAUUCGUGGCGGCUCUGCGAGGAGCUCCUUCUCCCGCUACUGCCAAGAAGAUUCUGGCCCACCCUCCUGGAUUCCUCAUGAACAACGUUCUGCGAGCCGCUAACUUUGCAACCUCCCGAACUGCCUGGUGGUACGGAGUCCGAUACGAGGCCAUCUACUGCGUUCCUUCUGCUAAGGAUCUGGACACUCUGCGAGGCUACCUUGAAAAGGGUACUAUCAAGCCCAUCGUUGACUGCACUUAUGACCUCAAGGAUGCCAAGCUAGCAAUGGAGAAGCUUGAGAGUGGACGAGCUACCGGCAAGAUCAUCCUUAGUGUGGAUGAUACUCUUGAUAAGGAGUUCAAGCAGUAA